UGGAGGAAUAUGCAACGUCCGGAUACAAACACGGAAAUAGAGAGUGUAAACGUCAGCCGUGCAUACAGCGUUAGGUUUUAGCGAAUAUUGUUUCUGCUAGUGAUGUUUGAACUUUUAUUAAUAAUUGGUAGAGUUUUCUUUCUCGUUCUAUGGAUUUUCUGCAGUUGUUAUCAUGGGCGUGCAUCGUGUUUACCAUCGGCAUGUUCUCCACAGGACUGACCGAUUUGAAGAAAAUGAGAGCCACUCAGAGUGCCGAUAACGUCCAGUUCCUGCCUUUCCUUACCACGUGCUUAAAUAAUCUAGGCUGGCUGUACUAUGGGGUGCUGAAAAAGGAUGGCACGGUGAUGUUUGUUAAUUCCAUUGGUGCUUCUCUACAGUGUCUGUAUAUCCUCACCUACUUCCAUUAUGCCAAAGAGAAGAGGAAUAUAUUUGUGCAGACACUGGGCAUGGUGUGUGUGUUGUGCAUAUCAUGGGUGUAUUUCAGCAUGAUUGUUCCUCGGGAAAGCACUCAGCUUUCGCAGCUCGGCCUCGCCUGCAGCGUCUUCACCAUCACCAUGUACCUGUCGCCACUUGCUGACCUGCUGGAGAUAAUGCGCAAUCGUUCAGUAGAGCGUUUGUCCUUCUCCCUCACUGUUGCCACCUUCUUUACAUCCACCUCCUGGACUCUGUAUGGCCUUCAGCUGGGGGAUUACUACAUUAUGGUGCCCAACAUCCCAGGUAUUGCAACAAGUCUCAUCCGUUUCUUCCUCUUCAGGCUGUUCAACUCUGCUAGUCAAGACAAGCAGUCUUAUAAAUCCCUCCAGACCAGGGCAGAUCUAAUCUAAGCAGAUCUGAGUUACCAAGUGCCUUAGCCAUGUUCCCUAGGCCAAUCUAAACCAAAUCCCCAUCACCUAUUAUGUCACACCCUGUACUUAUACAAUCUAUGUAUGAAGUUUUCUUUGUCUAUUCACCUUAUUGCUAUUAGUAGAAGCCAAAUCUAAACCAAACUUACCACUUCUCAAACAAUCCAGAAGGAAUAUGCAUAGGCUCAGUGGUUAUGGUUGUCUGCUGGUAACUAGACAUUUGUAAGUUCAGUUCCAAGCUUUGUCACACUGCCACUUUGAGUAAGACCCUUAACCUUCAAAUGCUUCGGGGUGUCUGUACGCACUGUGACCCCAAUUUAAAAAGCAUGGUUAUGUGGAAAGAAAAUUUCCUCAAGCCUUGGUUGAUUGAUCCUCAGAUUUACAAAUGACACCUCAAGAGUUGUGCUCACUAACAGAUAAGAGCAAUAAAAUGAAAUUUCAGUCUUAUCUGCAAAUUAGAUUCUGACACCCUGAAGCAUUAUGUUCAGCUAUUGUUUUACACAAAUAUGCCUUUUAAUUGCCAAUUUAUUUCUGUUUUCCAUAAUUUCCAUGUAAAUGCCUUAAUGUGACAAUUGGUUAGUGGCUGUUUCAGUGGCGGACUUGCACAAAGCUUUGCUGAAUGUAUGUACUGAAUGUAUAUACAAUCAAGUCCAUGAGUAUUUGGACAGUGAAACAAUUUUCGUAAUUUUACCUCUGUACACCACCACAGUGGAUUUGAAAUGAAGCAAUCCAGAUGUGACUGAAGUGUAGACUUUCAGCUUUAACUAAAGGGUUUAACAAAAAUAUUGCAUUAAUCGUUUAGGAAUUACAGCCUUUUUUUUUUUUUUUUUUUUUUUUUUUUUAUACACACAGUCCUUCCAUUUUUGCAGGCUCAAAAGCAAUUGGACAUUUGACUGAUAAGCAGUUUGGUCUGCCUGAUAAACAGGUGUGGCCUGUUUCCGCAUUAUUUCAUGACAAAUUAAGGAGAUAAAAGGUCUGGAGUUGAUUCCAAGUGUUGAAAUUGCAUUUGGUAGCUGCUCAUGGGAAUUCUCACCAUGCGGUGAGUCGAUGCAAGUGAAGAAGGCCAUCGUUAGGCUGAAAAAAAAACCCAGAACUGUCAGAGAGAUAGUAGAAGCUUUAGGAGUGGCCAAAUCAACAAUUUGGUACAUCCUUAAAAAGAAGGAAUGCACUGGCGAGCUCAACAACACCAAAAGGCCUGGAAGACCACAGAAGACAACUAAAGUGAAGGAAUGCAGAAUUCUUUCCUUGGUGAAGAAAAACACCACAACAUCUAGCCAAGUCAAGAACACUCUCAAAGGAGGUAGAUAUAUCAUUGUCAAAAUCUAUAAUCAAGAGACACCUUCAUGAAUGUAAAUACAGGCAGUUUACCUCAAGAUGCAAACCAGUGGUAACAGUCAAGAACAGAAAGGCCAGAUUAGAAAAAAAAAAAACUCUUUAAAAAAAAAUUAAAAAAAACACCCUGACCUCUUCUGAUGCGAGAUUAAGUUAUUCCCGGAUGAUGGGAAGAAAAAAGUAUGGAGAAGGAAAGGAAGGGCGCAUGAUCCAAAGCAUACCACAUCAUCUGUCAAACAUGUGGAGGAAGUGUUAUGGCGUGGGCAUUUAUGGCUGCCAGUGGAACUGGGUCACUGGUGUUUAUUGAUGAUGUGACUGCUGAUAGCAGUAGCAGGAUGAAUUCUGAAGUGUAUAGAGCUAAACUUUCUGCUCAGAUUCAGUCAAAUGCUGCAAGACUGAUAGGACAGUGCUUCACACUAUAGAUGGAAAAUGACGCAAAACGUACCACGAAAGCAACCCAAGAGCAUGAAAAUGGAAUUUUCUUAAAUGGCCGAGUCUGUCACCUGACCAACUGUGCAUGCUUUUCACUUACUGAAGACAAAACUGAAGGCAGAAAGACCCACAUGCAAGCAGCAACUGAAGGUAGCUGCAAUAAAGGCCUGGCAAAGCAUCUCCAGGGAGGAAACUCAGAAUAUGGUGAUGUCCAUGGGUUCCAGACUUCAGGGAGUCAUUGACUGCAAAGGAUUUGCAUCCAAGUAUUAAAAUAUCCCUAAUAUUUAUGAUUGUUAGUUUGUCCAAUUACUUUUGAGCCUGUGAGAAUGGAGAGAUGAUGUAAAAAAAAAAAAAAAAGAUGAAAAAAAAAUGAUUGUAAAACCCCUUGAAUUAAUGCUGAAAGUCUACACUUCAGUCACAUCUUGAUUCACAGCUUUAUUUCAAAUCCAUUGUGGUGGUCUACAGAGGCAAAAUUAUGAAAAUUGUGUCACUGUCCAAAUACUUAUGGACUUGACUGUACUGUAAAAGCUGACCCAGGACCAGACAGACAAUGAUUUAAAACUCAUGCUUGGCAGCAUUUUGCUGGAGCUCCACUCUGACACACCCUGGUCCCUAAAUAACGUUAUCGGGUGUGCUUGGUUUGGGCAGGAGUGAACAUGCACACUCCCUGAUCUCUGGGUGUGACUUAGUUUAUAUCUGCCUGAUGUGCCAAGAGCUUGUGCACUUCCGCUAACCUAGAGAAGCCCUUGACUCCUUGGCUUGGUUUGGGUCAUGUUGUUAAGAGUUUAUACUAGUGUAUUUGUGUGUGGCCCUGGACAAUAUGGACAAUAUGGUAUGCAUUGUUUUUAAAGUUGCCCCAUACUAAUUGGUCGGGUAAUUGUGUGACUGUUCAUCAUUAUUGCACUAUAAGGCUAAAAGCUUCUAAUAGGAAACAAUACAUACUGUCACUGUGUUGCUAAAUCUGCAUAGAACUUUGCUUGAGAGAUAUUUUUGUUAGACAUUUCCUUAUAGUGCACCUUUAGUCCCAUAGUACUCUAUAUUUGUAUCCCAUACUGGAUUGUAUAAAGUUGCAGGCUCUGAUAGCCUCUAUUAAAGUAUCGUAGUAAUUAUGCUCACAUCACCCAUGUCUUCAACCCAGCAAAGCAACUUUCAUGAUGUUUUAUGAUUGACAUUUAUGAAGCCGCUGGACUGGGAUUGGUGACAGUAGUAAAUGGGAUGCUCUUUCACUUUCACUAGUCAAAAAUUCCCAAAGAAUUGCAGCAUGAAGAAUGAGCGGUGUGUCAAUAUCAGCAGUACAGAUAUACAAGUCCAGACUCCUUUCACUUUGCAUUAGAUUUCACCAAAAUCUGAGUAAGGCGUAGAAUGAGGAUUGAAAAACAACCGAUCCAUGAGAAGGUGAGAGAGGGCAGAUGGAGUUCUUGGCAUAUUGCUCCAGUACAUCUGCUCAAGUCCACAAGAUUUGAGUUAGAGACCAACAGAGGUACAUAUUUAUUCGUAUGUGUUCAUAUAUACAAGGCCAAUAAAAGGAAGAGCUAUGAGUACCAGCAUCUUAUUUCUCAUAAAGUGCUUUGGUGUCAGCUCUGUAGGAGUGGUGUUGAUAAAAAAGGUUCCAAUGCUGUUUUAUCUGUGCUUUAUUGUGUUUAACAAAGUUUUAUACUCUCUACUGGGGUGUUUUCAGCCAGGGACUUGCGAUACAAAAAUGAUAUUUACCUCAAUGAUCAUUGUGCUGUUAUCCGUAUCGAAUAUAUUUAAUAUGUUUGUAAAAUGUAACACCUUCCGUAAUGAUGUGUGAGGAGUUUUACUGUAUACAAUGUUCUUAUAUGCUACAUUUUAUCGGUGUGGACUAAAUGGAUGUUUGUUUUCUGUUUUGACUGAAUUUCUCAGAAAUAAAAGAUUAUAUAAAGA